AUGUCUGUAGCUGUCCCUACGCCCACACCGACAAUCAUGUCCAAGCCAGCAGCCCCCCGUCUCCAGUCCCGCCCAUCCAUCUCCUCUGCCACUUCUGCCAAUCCAUCUCGACCCAUGGCCCCCAAGCCCUCCUCCCGCCCUCCUCUCAAUCCCAACGCGAGUGCCAGCUCUUCCUCCAGGGUUGCCGUCAAAUCUUCAUCGGCCGCUGUGCCCGCCCCGGCCCCUAGGCCUGCCCCUGCUUCAAGGGCAAACGCUUCUGCCAGUGGGUCGGUCCCCAUCGGAGUCAGUCCUGCUCCAGGCAAGGACACUUCGUCUUCAGCGGGCAAGAUUUUUGCCAAGCCAAGCAAGGAGUGGGUGCUCCCCGAACGUGCCAAGCCUGGCAGAAAAAAGCGUCAAUCGCAAAACAGACUCUCGCAACGGGCACAUCGUGCUCGACGUAGCGACUAUAUUCAGACUCUUGAAGAGCGUCUCCGCCAGUAUGAAGCCGACGAAAUCCACUCCAACGUCCGUCUUCAGGAGGUUGCUCGUGCACUCAAGGCAGACAAUGAGCGCCUCAAGUCCGAGGUCAACGAACUCCACAGCAAGCACAUGGAGGCGAGCAGCGAAAAGGAGAUUUGGGAGAUGGAGCGGAGGACGCUCAAGGAGGCGCUUCGGGAUAUGCGGACAGAGGUCGAGUCAGUGAGAGCCGGCAGAGGCAUGGAGACGAUUGUCAGGAUGGACAUUGAUCAACACACCAUCGAUCGACUGGUACCAGGGCCUGCGCUCUCUCGGCCCCAGAGCAAUGCCAACCAGCUCGCAUCUGGUAGCUCCCACGAUCACCGAGGUCUCCAAGACUGCCCCAUCUGCCCCGACCCAGAUCCCGAUUGCGCUUGUCAGCAGCCGCACCAUCACCAGCACCAGCAAAAUUAUCCCCCCGAGCACCUCACACUCGUCCCUUCUGCCGCUGACGAUCACGCCGCUGCUUGCGGGUUUUGCCACUCCAAUGACGAAUGCCUCUGCCGGGCCGUCGAGGAAGAUGUCAAGCCCGACAUUUCUUCGCCAAGUCACGGUUUCCAGACCGAGGACGAUGGAUGCGGCCUCUGCACAGGUGGCGACUUUUGCGCUUGCAAGGAGGCUGCUGCUGCUGCUGCUUCAACAAACUACCUCAUCGGCAGUAGCAAGUCUCCCAAGGACACAUCGGCGGCUACGGGCGUCUUCAAGGCAUCCACUACUGCGGCUGCAAUGCCUCUUCGUCUGAGAGGCAAGGCGAGCGGCGCCUCGAAGGCCUCGGUUUGGUCCCUGAACCCUGUCCCGGAGUCUCCCCGCGAGGCGGUCUGCACCGGUGACCCUUCCAACUGCGAUGCCUGUCGAGAUGAUUCUUUUGGUCGUGAAUUCUGUCAACACUUGUUUGAGACUGGCAAGCACGAUGACUGCACUCGCUGUAACAACCAGAAGGCCAAAAAAUCUGGCCCCACCCUGCCUCCCUCCCCCGACAUCACCCAGGCUUCCAACUCUUCCUCUGGACAAGGCCGUACCCCACCAACUCCCCCCAGCCAUUCACACAUGUCAAUGAUGAGCGAUGUCACUCCACUCGCGCCGCUUCAGAUGGCGUGCUGUGGAAACCCCGAGCUGUGUGGCGGAUCGAGAAGCGGAGCGUGUACAGGAGAUGUCAUCGGGAUAGGUGGACCGGGAGGAGCGUUGGGGAUGUCCAUGACGGAGCAGGAGAUUCCAGAGGUGCGCCAUGAGCCUCGGGCGGUGCAUCACAACACGCUUCGGCCGGAUCAGGUCUGGAAGCAGCUCAAGGCCCACCCCAACGCCAAGUUUGCUUCCCUUGCUCUUCUGGCUGAUGUUGUCGCCCGUCGUACCAAGUGUCUUGACGGCAGCGAUGAUAUGAGUCCUAUGCCAGGCUCGCCGGCGCUUACGAAUGGCACCCCCGGUCCUUCUGGCUCCUUCUCUCAUCACGGCUCGCCCACCCCGCCCCUUUCCCGAGGCCCCAUGCGCGGAUCGCCCAGCGUCAGACCAAGCAUGAGCCCAGCUCCCGGACCUGGCAUGUCAGGAUUGUCUGGUCUGCCGUCGCAUAUGAAGAAGAGGAACAUAGAGGUAGAGACGAGUGCAGUGAGGGAUGCGCUCAAGAUGUUGGAUGAAGCCACACCAGCGCCGUCGCCAUCGCCUGAAAGGGAGCUCAAGAGACGGCGAAUUUGA